AUGUUAACGCCGGAAGUUCCCACCCGAACUUGCGAUCAACUCAAACUUUUCCUAUUUGCUGGCCACGAUACAACAAGCAUCCUGCUACAAUGGGCAUUCCACGAACUAGCUCGCACCCCGCACGUCUUGCGCCGUGUUUGUAUGGAACUGGAUGAGAUCUUUGGUUCUGACUCCUAUCCAAACCACAUUCAAGCUCAAAUCCUAGAACAUGGAGAGAAUGCUCUCCAAAGAAUUUCAUCUACGAAUCUGCUGUUAUCAAGGAAAUCUUUCGCCUGUAUCCACUAG